AUGGUUGUGGCUACAAUCAAAUGUGUUGUUGUUGGGGAUGGUGCUGUUGGCAAGACCUGUCUCUUGAUCUCCUACACCACAAAUAAGUUUCCCUCAGAAUAUGUGCCAACUGUAUUCGAUAACUAUGCGGUGACAGUCAUGAUCGGCGACGAGCCCUACACUCUCGGCCUCUUCGAUACCGCCGGACAAGAGGAUUACGAUCGCCUGCGUCCGCUGUCCUACCCGCAAACCGAUGUCUUCCUCGUCUGCUUCUCCGUGACCUCGCCGGCCUCGUUCGAGAACGUGCGUGAAAAAUGGUUUCCGGAAGUCCACCACCACUGCCCCGGCGUUCCGUGCCUGAUCGUCGGUACCCAGACCGAUUUGCGAGAUGACCCUGCCGUGCGCGAGAAGCUGUCCAAACAGAAGAUGCAGCCCGUGCGCAAGGAGGAUGGUGACCGCAUGGCCAAGGAGCUGGGCGCUGUCAAGUAUGUCGAAUGCUCGGCCUUGACGCAGUACAAACUAAAGGACGUUUUCGACGAGGCUAUCGUUGCUGCUCUCGAGCCCGCCCCCAAGAAGAGGCCCAAGUGCGUUCUUCUGUAG